GCCGCGGUGAUUGACUGGCGUGGCGGCCAUUUUGCCGCUGGCCGCCGAGCUCCCAUUGUGUGAGCGGUAGUAAACAGAGAGCGGCAGGCAGAGCUGCUCGCACUUCAGCGCCCCAAAUCAAACGCAUCCGCCGCAGGUGACUGAGUAACUAUGGCCCGUACUAAGCAAACUGCCCGUAAGUCGACAGGAGGUAAAGCUCCUCGCAAGCAGCUGGCCACCAAAGCUGCCCGCAAGAGUGCACCCUCUACUGGAGGAGUGAAGAAGCCUCAUCGCUACAGGCCCGGUACCGUGGCUCUGCGUGAGAUCCGUCGAUACCAGAAGUCCACUGAGCUGCUGAUCCGCAAGCUGCCGUUCCAGCGUCUGGUCAGAGAGAUCGCUCAGGACUUCAAAACGGACCUGCGUUUCCAGAGCGCCGCCAUCGGAGCUCUGCAGGAGGCCAGUGAGGCGUACCUGGUGGGUCUUUUCGAGGACACCAACUUGUGUGCCAUCCAUGCCAAGCGUGUCACCAUCAUGCCCAAAGACAUCCAGCUGGCCCGCCGUAUCCGCGGAGAGCGUGCUUAGGCUCUCCUCUUCCUACUCCUUUCCCUCUUUUCGCAUUCUCUCUCUCUUUUCCCCUCUCCACUCGUCUCCUCCCUCUUUCUUGGUAGAGUUUAGAGUAUCAGCGACGGGGAGGCCAAUGUGUUUCAGUCUAUUAGUGCUGUCUCACUGAAGCGUAGGGUACCUGUAUGUGCAUGUAACAGAUGCUGCUGAUCACUCGCCCACACACACACACACACACACACACACACACACACACACACACACACAUAUAUAUACAUAUACAUACAUCCACGCAACACAUUCUGGCACGUGCACGCUGAACUCAUGUAUACGUACACACAGUUGGAGCAUAAACGAGGUCCACCCUUGCUAAGCUUGGGGUCUUUCACAGACGUUUACAUACACGCAUAUGCACAUGCACGUGCACACACAGGGAGGUCAGAAGGGUGGUAUCUGGGGUUAGUCUGCUUAAGGGGAGCGGCAACUUCCACAGCAGGGUGCUACUAAAACUGCCCCAGGCCACCUUUACCUACCCUGUACCUGAACAUCUGUAUCUGCACACCUGAACCUUCUUACCUGUACAUCUGUACCUACUUACCUUUGCCUGUGUACUUGUACUUUCAUAACUGUACCUACUCAUCUAUACUUAUAGGUGUCUGUUUAUCUGUACUUCUGUACCUGUGUAUUUAAACCUGUACCUUCAUACCUGUACCUGCUGACCCUGUACCUUCCUACUUGUACCUUAAUUCCUGUGUCUAUAGACCUCUACUUACCAAUAACCCGUAUCUACUUACCUGUAUUUACUCACCUGUACUUUCACACCUGUACCUACUCACCUGUGUCUGUAGACCUCUACUUACCAAUACCCUGUACCUCCAUAUCUGUACUUAUACAUCGAUACGUUCACACCUUUCUUCAUCCAACCCUGUAUACCUGUCCAUUCCCCAUGCACCUGUCCUUACCUGUCCCCUCAUGUCCCAUGUCUGUCCACCUCUUGGCAGAUUUGUGUGUGUGUACGUGCAGGUCCAUUUCCCCCCAUGUGUGUGAGUGGGCGACGUGAUCAGCAAAGCAGAAUCGUAUUCAACUGCAAACCAGCAUCUAUUGGUUAAAAGUUGUUAUAAUAUUGAUGAUUACUAUUAUUGUUGAUAUGGUGUCUUUUUUUUUCUAUGAUGCAUACACAUGAGUUGUUUUACCACUGUUAUAAAAAAAAAAGAGCAAAACUAAAGAAAAUUUGAAUUUGCGUUUUUUUCCUGUUUUUUGUUUUUCUUGUUUUUUGUUUUUUUUUUCCUCGUAGUGAUUGCCGAUCCUGCUCCUCCUGUUAAAACUUCAGGCAGCCACAGGGGGGCGCUCUAAACCAGCCUCUCAUUCACUCUAUCUGUUCCUCUGACAUCCUUCCUCCUCCUUCUCGCUCUUCUCUCUCUGUCUCUUUCUUCUCUCAACCCCCCCUUUUUUUUUCUUCCACAGAUCGGCAUUCGUCACGAAUUGUAGCAAAAAAAAAAGUCACGUUUAGUUUCCGGAGUGGUUCACUCUCUUUGCGUAGACCUUUUUCUUCCUCUCUCUUUCGCGCUCUCUCGUUGUGAUACACAGUAUAACCUCAUGUUUCUGUUUAUUUUUCUUAUUCAGAAAUCUAAAUAAGCUGAUCUUUGUAUUUUCCAAAUUUCUCAUACUAUGGUGGUAAUAAAUAGAUGUUACACAA